UAACUAUUUCUAAGUCUAACUUUUCACCAAAUAUAUUUAAGCCUAUAAAAUCAAAUUUAAAAUCAUAAAAUUCGAUUUUUUUUGAAAAAAAUACUCAAAGUCAAAAUAGGUCAUUUUUAUUUAACCUUGGGAGUUAAAAUCAAAACGCCGUCCGUAUCACCGUUUUCUUCCGCUUAUACCACGCCGCCAUCACCGCUACCAGUGGCCUACGCCGUUGGAAUCUCCAUUUUCGAGCCAGGUGUCGAUCUCUCAUUGGCUGGAUUUCACGUAUUUAGGGUUUGGGAGAUUGAAGAAAUGGGGAGGAAGAAAGUGGAAAUAAAGCGAAUUGAAGAUAAGAGCAGUAGGCAAGCAACUUUCUCCAAACGGAGAAAUGGACUCAUGAAGAAAGCUAAACAGCUCUCUGUUCUCUGCGAUGUUGAUGUCGCCGUCCUCGUCUUCUCCAGUCGCGGACGCCUCUUUGAAUUCUCCAGUACCAACAGUCUGACAGGAGUUAUUCACCGAUAUAACAACCACAUGAAAGCAGAAGAUAAGGCCUCUGCAGAAGUCGAUGACACCGAGGAAUCAAAAUAUGCAAGUUUCAUGACAAUGGAAGAACUGCUACAGACGGCAGAAAAGCAACUCGAGGAGCCUGAUGUUGAUGAUCUCAGCAUUACUGAUCUUGUCCAUCUGGAAAACCAAGUUGAGACUGCUCUGACACAAACCAGAUUUAGAAAGACACACUUGUUGAUUGAAUCAAUUAAGAAUCUUCAUGACAAGGAAAAGCAGCUGAUUGAUGAAAACAAAGUUCUGGAGGAUGAGAUAGGUACCAUAAAGAACAGCGAAGAAAAUGAGAUGGCAAUGAAUCUAAAUAACAUCGCACCAACCCAUAUGGAUUGUGGACAACAGAGGGAGACCCUGAAUUUUCUCUAGAGUCUAGACACACUAAUGGCAUCACAUAUCAGAUAGAAGCUCAAUAUAUAAAUAACAGCCUUCCAAAAUAUAGCAGAGCAGCCACUCCUCGCGCCAUGGGAUAUGUCCUGCCGAGGUUAUAUCUGGUGCAUCUAACUAGGGAGUGCUACUAUGUAGUCUUCUCUUGUAUGUUGUCUUGGUAUGGUUGAAACACUGAAGAACUGUAUAAGGGUAAAUAAAUAAAGAGAUACUGCUGCAGCGUCUCGAUAACAUGUGUGUAAUGCUAUCAUCUAAAUGACUAAAUUAGAGGUUAUUAUAAUAGUAAGAGGGUGUAGUCCAUAAGAAUGACUUGUCCAAGCUGUUCAUGUUUGAUAGUCCGCAUCGGUCUAAUUCAUUUCAGCCCAUUAGAAAAUGAGACAAAUGUGGCUAUACGCAGAGGACUAUUGCAUCAA